AUGGAACAUCCUUCUGGAUCUUCGAGAAGCUUUAAAAGUGGACUAAUUGACUUUACAGCUGGAUCACUAGGUGGUGUAGCAGUGGUAUAUGUAGGUCAACCAUUAGACACAGUAAAGGUUAAGAUGCAAACGUUUCCACAACUAUAUAAGGGGAUGUUUGACUGUUUAAAACAAACGCUAAGAAAUGACGGAAUAAUCAGGGGACUAUAUGCAGGCACCACCCCAGCCAUAAUGGCCAAUGUAGCUGAGAAUUCAGUGCUUUUUGCAGCAUAUGGCUAUUGUCAAAAGUUCAUUUGUCAAGUUACUGGUACUGAGAACAUAGAGCAGCUUUCAACAGUGGGUAAUGCUACAGCAGGUUUCCUGGCAGCGUUUUUUUCAUCCUUCACACUUUGUCCAACGGAAUUGAUUAAGUGCCAACUUCAAGCUAUGAGAGAAGUCAAUGUGCAGGGCUCACAAACAGCUAUAAAAGUGACGCCACUGCAGCUCUCGCAACAAAUAUUCAAACAAUAUGGAAUACAAGGCCUAUUUAGAGGCCUAGUACCGACAAUAAUGAGAGAAAUGCCGGGAUAUUUUUUCUUUUUCGGUGGAUAUGAAGGGACUAGGGCAUUAUUAGCAAAACCAGGCCAAGCGAAAGAAGAUAUUGGUUUUCUAAAGACAAUGGUUGCUGGGGCCGUUGGGGGCUGCGUCUUGUGGACUGUUAUUUUCCCCACCGACGUAAUUAAAUCUCGUGUUCAAAUAUCGAACAAAAAACAAAAAUUUCUUACUGUCGGAUAUGAAAUAGUGAAAAAUGAAGGUGUUUUGGCUCUUUACAACGGCCUAAAGCCAACUCUAAUAAGGACUAUACCCGCCACAGCUGCUUUAUUCGUAGUGUACGAAUAUUCGAAGAAAAUUAUGCACCAAGCGUUUGGAGAUUAA